AUGCAGAGUGGCACCAAUAUAUCAGAGACAGCCAAUGAGUUAUGUAACGCGGUGUCUGUGUCUUUAGGUUUGAGUUCGCAGUUAAACGAGAUAGCGGAUAAUGGACGGAGCGAUACUGCCUUCUCUGCAGACAGCCGCCCAAAUUACGGAAAACGUUUCUCUGUCUCGGAGGAGUCAUCUCCAGAGUUUGGAGCAGGCGCAAAUAUGACCUCAGAGUUAACCAACCAGAUGCCGAGGAAAACGAUAAUUAAAUCAAAUGAUCUCGGGCCAUCGUUCGAAGUAAAUGAAGACAUUAGUGGACUAAAUGAUGUGGUUUUUUUACAGACACUGGAGCGCGAAAGGGACAGCGAAUGCAAGGUGACAAGGCCUAUGCACGAGUUGGAGAUGGCCCGAGGUCUCCGUAAAAACUCGGACAUGUUCGUGAAUCUGGAUAACGCUAACGCACUCUCCAUGCCCUUUCAGUUUGACGAACUGUUACCGUUAAGUUUUCCAUUCCGUAAAGACUCCCCAACCCCGUUAUUCGGUAGGGACUUUCCGGACCCAUUGACCGUCAAUAACCUCAUCCAAAGCAGACGUAACAAAACCGAACCAGGGCACGAGGGACCCUGUCCGGUGGCGGGUGGAUCUUGGUUCUGUAAAUAUUGUGACAACGGAAAUUGCAUGUCUUGUGGAGCACGUAAACCCUGUCCCCCUGGGGUUAACUAUCAGGACUACGACUCUGGGAUGCCACAGAAUGGUCAUGUCCAGGAGCAAAGUUACCAAAGUGUAAUGAUGAUGCAUGAAAUGGGUCUUCAGCAAGUGUAUCACUCCGCUAUCAAGAAGGAGAGUUCUGGAUGGAUGGGUGCUGACUCAAGCUUGAGGUAGAUAUACUCUUUAUAAGACAUUUCAUUUCAAUUGUUUCUUUGUUUGUUUCACAUAAGACCAAGCAGACCAGAGGCAAAUCAAUGUAGCUUCUCUAACUAUGUCAUCAUAACAAAACAACAGUAAUAUCAGAUGUUAUAAUCUGUCAAAUUCAAUAACAGUUAGGCCAUCUGUUAUAUUGUUAUGACUGUAUUAUGUAGAGUGAAGUGUUAGGAUGCGUCUCGAAUGGCACCGUAUGCCUUAUGGGCCCUGCCAUUUGAGAUGCAGCCAUUUUAAAUCCAUUUUAACAGGUGACCCAAUUCCCUGCACCAGCUGCUACAGGGUCUCACUACAAUAUACCCAUGCUGGAGAGGACAGACUGCAAGUGAUAGGUUAUUGCCACUUUUAUUUUUUAUUUUUUUAUUUCACCUUUAUUUAACCAGGUAAGCCAGUUGAGAACAGGUUCUCAUUUACAACUGCGACCUGGCCAAGAUAAAGCAAAGCAGUGCAAUAAAAACAACACAGAGUUACAUAUGGGGUAAAAAACAUAAAGUCAAAAAUACAACAGAAAAUAUAUAUAUACAGUGUGUGCAAAUGUAGCAAGUUAUGGAGGUAAGGCAAUAAAUAGGCUGUAGUGCAAAAUAAUUACAAUAGUAUUAACACUGGAAUGCUAGAUGUGCAAGAGAUUAUGUGCAAAUAGAGAUACUGGGGUGCAAAAGAGCAAAAUAAAUAACAAUAAAGGGAUGAGGUAGUUGGGUGGGCUAAUUUCAGAUGGGCUGUGUACAGGUGCAGUGAUCAGUAAGGUGCUCUGACAACUGAUGCUUAAAGUUAUUGAGGGAGAUAAGAGUCUCCAGCUUCAGAGAUUUUUGCAAUUCGUUCCAGUCAUUGGCAGCAGAGAACUGGAAGGAAUGGCGGCCAAAGGAGGUGUUGGCUUUGGGAAUGACCAGUGAGAUAUACCUGCUGGAGCGCAGACUACGGGUGGGUGCUGCUAUGGUGACCAAUGAGCUAAGAUAAGGCGGGGAUUUGCCUAGCAGUGAUUUAUAGAUGGCCUGGAGCCAGUGGGUUUGACGACGAACAUGUAGUGAGGACCAGCCAACAAGAGCGUACAGGUCACAGUGGUGGGUAGUGUAUGGGGCUUUGGAGACAAAACGGAUGGCACUGUGAUAGACUACAUCCAAUUUGCUGAGUAGAGUGUUGGAGGCUAUUUUGUAAAUGACAUCGCCGAAGUCAAGGAUCGGUAGGAUAGUCAGUUUUACGAGGGCAUGUUUGGCAGCAUGAGUGAAGGAGGCUUUGUUGCGAAAUAGGAAGCCGAUUCUAGAUUUAACUUUGGAUUGGAGAUUCUUUAUGUGAGUCUGGAAGUUGAGUUUACAGUCUAACCAGACACCUAGGUAUUUGUAGUUGUCCACAUACUCUAGGUCAGACCCGUCGAGAGUGGUGAUUCUAGUCGGGUGGGCGGGUGCCAGCAGCGUUCGAUUGAAAAGCAUGCAUUUAGUUUUACUAGUGUUUAAGAGCAGUUGGAGGCUACUGAAGGAUUGUUGUAUGGCAUUGAAGCUCGUUUGGAGGUUUGUUAACACAGUGUCCAAUGAAGGGCCAGAUGUAUACAAAAUGGUGUCGUCUGCGUAGAGGUGGAUCUGAGAGUCACCAGCAGCAAGAGCGACAUCAUUGAUAUACACGGAGAAAAGUGUCGGCCCAAGAAUUGAACCCUGUGGCACCCCCAUAGAGACUGCCAUAGGUCCAGACAACAGGCCCUCCGAUUUGACACACUGAACUCUAUCUGAGAAGUAGUUGGUGAACCAGGCGAGGCAGUCAUUUGAGAAACCAAGGCUAUUUAGUCUGCCAAUAAGAAUGCGGUGGUUGACAGAGUCGACAGCCUUGGCCAGGUCGAUGAAGACGGCUGCACAGUACUGUCUAUUAUCAAUCGUGGUUAUAAUAUCGUUUAGGACCUUGAGCGUGGCUGAAGUGCACCCAUGACCAGCUCGGAAACCGGAUUGCAUAGCGGAGAAGGUACGGUGGUAUUCGAAAUGGUCGGUGAUCUGUUUGUUAACUUGGCUUUCAAAUACUUUCGAAAGGCAGGGCAGGAUGGAUAUAGGUCUGUAGCAGUUUGGAUCUAGAGUGUCACCCCCUUUGAAGAGGGGGAUGACCGCGGCAGCUUUCCAAUCUCUGGGGAUCUCAGACGUUAUGAAAGAGAGGUUGAACAGACUAGUAAUAGGGGUUGCGACAAUUUUGGCGGCUAGUUUUAGAAAGAAAGGGUCCAGAUUGUCUAGCCCAGCUGAUUUGUAGGGGUCCAGAUUUUGCAGCGCUUUCAAAACAUCAGCUGUCUGAAUUUGUGUGAAGGAGAAGCGGGGGGGGGCAUGGGCAAGUUGCAGCAGAGGGUGCAGAGUUGGUGGCCGGGGUAGUGGUAGCCAGAUGGAAGGCAUGGCCAGCUGUAGCAAAAUGCUUGUUGAAAUUCUCGAUUAUUGUAGAUUUAUCGGUGGUGAUAGUGUUUCCUAGCCUCAGUGCAGUGGGCAGCUGGGAGGAAGUGCUCUUAUUCUCCAUGGACUUUACAGUGUCCCAAAACUUUUUGGAGUUAGUGCUACAGGAUGCAAAUUUCUGUUUGAAAAAGUUAGCCUUUGCUUUCCUGACUGCUUGUGUAUAUUGGUUCCUAACUUCCCUGAAAAGUUGCAUAUCGCGGGGGCUAUUUGAUGCUAAUGCUGUACGCCACAGGAUGUUUUUGUGCUGGUCAAGGGCAGUCAAGUCUGAGGAGAACCAGGGGCUAUAUCGGUUCUUAGUUCUGUAUUUUUUGAAUGGGGCAUGUUUAUUUAAGAUUGAGAGGAAAUUACUUUUAAGGAACAACCAGGCAUCCUCUACUGACGGAAUGAGAUCUAUAUCCAUCCAGGAUACCUGGGCCAGGUCAAUUAGGAAGGCCUGCUCGCUAAAGUGUUUUAGGGAGCGUUUGACAGUGAUGAGGGGUGGUCGUUUGACCGCGGACCCGUUACGGACGCAGGCAAUAAGGCAGUGAUCGCUGAGAUCCUGGUUGAAGACAGCUGAGGUGUAUUUAGAGGGUAUGUUAGUCAGGAUGAUAUCUAUGAGGGUACCCAUGUUUACGGAUUUAGGGUUGUACCUGGUAGGUUCGUUGAUAAUUUGCGUGAGGUUGAGGGCAUCUAGCUUGGAUUGUAGGAUGGCUGGGGUAUUAAGCAUAUCCCAAUUUAGGUCACCAAGCAGUACAAACUCUGAGGAUAAAUGGGGGUCCUUUCCAGCAUGGCCGUCUAGUGACUACUACACACCAGUGUGUCUGGUCCUGACACAACUGUUUACAUCCCUAACCAGUGUUUAUUGAAGGAGUAUCGGAGUAAUAGGCUUACAGUCCGCUACCUGCUGACCUUCAACUAACCAGCUGUAAUGUAUUUAGUCUCAAUCCGCCCGGCCCAGUAGGACAUUAGGCAACGCUCACCAGUUGAAGAUGCACUAUGCAGAAGUCGCUCCGCCAUUUCCUGGUUGCUAAAAUUCUAAUAGUUCGCUUAAUUUCAGUUAAUGUGACAAAACAAGCAAGUAUACUGUAGAAAAUCAUUGUACCGCUGUGAAAUAAAUUUUCCAUAACCAAAAAUAUUGUAUUUUCAGCUGUUUGAAGCUGGUGCACAAAACUGAAAGUAAAACUAAAUUUAAGCACAGGAAGCAUAGAAAUAGCGCACAUAGAACAUAUCUACAGAUUCUUAGACUUGCUUUCAAUGAGAAUGACAAAUCUAUAACUCACAUUUCAAUGUGAAUUUGGUCGGGCCCCCCAAAAGUUACACAUUGCAGCAUUAAUAAUAAUAUCACACGUAAUGCCAAGGCUAUGGGGUAGGGGGUCAGUCAAAGGUCUAGUAGUGGAUAUUAAUCAAGUUGAAUUAAUUAACAUUCAAGGACCAUUUAAUUUAUAGAUAGGUUAUUAAAAGUCAAACCAACUUUGCCACGGUCACACACCAGCUGGCUGAAGCUAAUUGGCUAAAUAAUUUGGCUACCUCUUUCCACCUGCAAACACACACGAGAUACCCACAUCAAACCACUCCCCGAAACCAACUCAUGUUUGAAUUCAGUCAUGGCCACUAGCAUUUCUUAAUGAUCCAAAUCUAAAACGAGGCCAAAUCAGGAAGUGCAGUCGCCCUUUAAACGGAUAGCUGGCUAAUUUAAAAUGUAAAGUUUGUCAGACUUGUCAUACCUCAAAAGUAGUGUAAAGUCGAUCUGAGCCCGUAUUCCACACCAUCUGGUAAAUAGAUUCUGCUGCUAAAUUAAUUAGAAGGAAUCUGCAUGACUCAAUCCCACAUUAUUGGGCAUGUAUGUGCAGAUAGACAGGUAUAGGCAGGUAGGUGCGUUUCAGAUCUGUGUGUGAAUGUGGAAGAUCUAAAAGAGUGUUAGGUGUGUUGUGUGUUUUCAGGUGUGUGUGUAUGUAUGUACGUUUGUGUGUGUGUGUGUGUGUGUGUGUGGUUAUAUGGUGUAUCUGUAAGAUCUAAAAGAGUGUUAGGUGUCUGUUUACAGAUAUGUGUGUAUGUGUGUGUUUCAGAUGUGAGGAUAUGUUGCCAGUGAGGGUGUAUUUCUCAGACCGGAGGGUGUGUAAGGUAUGUGGAGAUGAGGCAUCAGGCUGUCACUAUGGAGCUGUUACCUGUGGGAGCUGCAAGGUGUUCUUCAAGAGGGCCGCAGAGGGUGAGCCACACACACAUUCACAUUUACAUUUUAGUCAUUUAGUAGACGCUCUUAUCCAGAGCGACUUACAGUUAGUGAAUACAUUUUUUUUUUUUAUACUGGCCCCUGUGGGACGAACCGACAACCCUGGCAUUGCAAACGCCAUGCUCUAUCAACUGAGCUACAUCCCUGCCGGCCAUUCCCUCCCCUACCCUGGACGACGCUGGGCCAAUUGUGCGCCGCCCAUGAGUCUCCCGGUCACGGCCGGCUGCAACAGAGCCUGGAUUCGAACAAGGAUCUCUAGUGGCACAGUUAGCACUGCGAUGCAGUGCCUUAGACCACUGCGCCACUCAGGAGUAUAAAUUUAAGCACGGGAAGCAUAUAAUUCGUAUUUUACUAUCCUUGUGGGGACCAAACAAUUGAUUCCCAUUCAAAAUCCUAUUUUCCCUUAACCGUAACUCAUAAACCUAACCCCUAACCCUAAUUGUAACUCUAACCCUAAUUGUAACCCUAACCCCUAAGCCUAAAAUAGCCUUUUCCCUUGUGGGGAAAAUGUCCCCACAUCUGAAUUGUUCCUUGUUUUACUAUCCUUGUGAGGUCCUCACAAGGAUAGUAAAACCAAAAACACCCUCGCAGGCGCGCGCACACACACACACAUACAGGAAAUGGGAUACCAAAUUCCCCUGUAGCGGCCUUGUUUGUUAUUGUGUCCCCAGGUAAGCAGAAUCACCUGUGCGCCAGCCGUAACGACUGCACCAUCGACAAACUGAGGAGGAAGAACUGUCCUUCCUGUCGUCUCAGCAGAUGCUUCCGGUCUGGAAUGAGCCUCAAAGGUCACAACUUUUACCAUGGCAUACAUGACUGUUAAAUGGAGAGAGGGAUAGAAAGAGAUAAUGAAAUAGAGGGGGAGAAGAGGGGAGCAGAGAGGGGAGGGAGGCUACAUUUUGGUUUAUGAAAAAGCAGGAAUCAUGACUAGGUCUUUAGGUAGGUUUUAAUUGACCAUGUUUUUUACCCCUACCUCUUUCAGAUAUACCAACAGUUGCUAUAAAGAAGCAGGCAUGGUAAAAUAGUGGGACUUUGGUCUAUGUAUGAGGGACAUUUUCUAGAACUUCUUGAGAGGUUCUAUAGAGACAAUACUGUUGUGUAAAUUUGUGAAAUGAUCACGUCUCGAACUCUACCUCUGGAGGUCAUACACACCACUCAUACACCCCCCCCCCCCCCUCAAAGCAGGGCAGUGUAAACAGAUUUGUCUCAUUGAGAUCAACACUUCUACAGUAUAAAUAGUAAUAGCAGAGCAAUGUUUUUGAAACAGCUAAAAUGUAAUGUAUUGAUAUUUUCCUUAUAUUUGAGACUUGUUUUAUUUAAAUUGCAGUACAGCCUGUUACAUUCUGAAAUUGUCGCAGUUGCUGCCGGCUGCACUAAACCACGUAAAACUAUGGAAGUCCAAUUUUUUUGAUAGGCCUACUAUAUCAAUUAUUUUAAAUAUGUAAAUCAACAUUUUGAGAAACGCAAUUCACAAGCAUGUGCAGACAAUUACAUUUUAACUUCAAGACAAAAGCACCAGAGUUACUGCUAGCUAACGCUAACAACAUCUUCAUCAAGUAACAUUACAGUAACCUAUUAAAAAUGAAUGAUUAGCUCGCUAAUACGAAUAUAAAGUACAAUUUGUGAAUGCUUGUGAAUUGUUGCAUUAUUCAAGAGUGUAAUAUGGUUUUGUUGUAAUAAUGAAAGAGUGUAGGUCUGUCAAUAAGUACAAAUGAAAAGCAGUACACCGCUUUUGGUAUGCGUAGCACCCCCUUUCACCCUCAGGACAUCCUCAAUUCGUUGAAACACACAGGAAACUGUUGAGCAUGAAAACCCCAGAAGCGUUGCAGUUCUUGACACACUCAAACCGGUGUGCGCCCGGCACCUAGUACCACAACCCGUUCAAAGGCACUUAAAUCUUUUGUCUUGCCCAUUCACCCUCUGAAUGGCACACAUCCAUGUCUCAAUUGUCUCAAGGCUAAAAAAUCCUUUAACCUGCCUCCUUCCUGAUUGAAGUGGAUUUAACAGGUGAUAUCAAUAAGUGAUCAUAGCUUUGACCUGGAUUCACCUGGUCAUUCUAUGUCAUGGAAAGAGGAGAUGUACAUUCUGUACAAAACAUACAUACUUUGCAAUGCUUAGCCUCUUGGCUAGUGGCUACUGUGACAUUCAUGGUACUUUUUCGGCUGGUGACAUUCCCCUCGCUAAUGUGAAUUGAAAAGUGUAUAUAUUAUGUAAAUUGAAAUGUCAUACCAAUAACUCUAUUCAAUGAGAAUAAAAUACUCUUCAGACUUAAUACACUAUUGGUUAAAAUACAGUCGGCUAUACAUUCGCCCGGACAGUUACCCUCCUUGAGGCAGGGCAGUGUAAACAGAAUUGUCUCGUUGAGUCAACACUCCUGCAGUAUAAAUGGUAAUAGCAGAACAAUGUUUUAGAAAUAGCUGAAAUGUAUAGACAAUUUCCUAAUAUUUGAGACUUGUUUUAUUGAGUUUUUAUCUUAAAUCGCAGUAACAUCCUGUUACAUUCAGAAAUUGUCGCAGUAUCUGCCGGCUGCACUGAGCCACUUAAAACUAUGGAAGCUCACCCCUAUACCAAAAACAUGUCAAAUGUAGAUCAUACAAAUAGGAUAAUUAUGUUUUUUUUAUUUGUAGCCUGUGUUGCCAACUUUGUCGCUAUAUAUAGCGAAUUGUCAGACCCCUCCAGCGACUUCCAUUGGUAGAAGAUUCGAGCGACAUAAUUCAGCUGCUUUUCAGGCUGCCUUUGGGGAGUUUUGACACAGAGGGUUUCUAUGGUUUUGAUUGCAUGUAGCGACUUUCCCCCACGCAAUUCUGCCACAUAGGAGAAGUGGGAUAAACUGUCUGCAACAGAAGUCACAGCAACGGUGCACACAGAGGCAGAGAAGCACCAGGGGAGGGGGUGUGCUGCGGAGGAGGCGAAAACGUUAUGUCGGGGACCGCAGCUGUGGCGCAGCAAGGCAAAAUGGUGCUGUGACGUCGUCGCGGCAACAGCAAAACGUAAUCUAGCGACAAAUCAAGGUGCCAAUAGCAGAUCUCACUGAAAAAUAGUUGACAACACUGUUUAACAUUGUGAAGUGAUUUCAGAUGUGGCACCACAGGUCCCAGAGUGGUGGGGGAGAAAUUGUUUUCCUGGGGCUUAGAGUUUUUCCUGCUCUGGUAGUAGGCUAACCUAAAGGGUACUACACAGAAUACGCAAACGGCGCCGACGUAGCGCAGUGUCGCAACGUCGUUACAAAAGGGGCGGCUUGUUGUGCGCUCAGAAAUUCGACGUGCCACAUGAAAAUUGUAACGUGCGGUAUCAUCCCUUCUGUAGCCGUGGGGGCAGUGUUGUGUAAGCAAUGAAGCUUGCUUGGUUCCUUGAUCUGAUCUACAGUAUAGGCUAUAGGCUAUGCAUCAAAGAAGCCUAUUUUGUAUUGAUAAGCAAAUAUAAUCACUAGUUAUUACUUCUAAACAAAAUACCUUUUUGGGUGGAUUCUAAUAAGGCUACAAUGUUGUUUGGUUUAUUGUUUGAACAGUAGCUUAGAAUACAGGCUAUUGUGAAAUGGUAGAAAUGCUGUAGCCAACUGUAGUCAUCUAGCUUUCUUCUCCUUGACCAAAACAUGACAUUCUGUGUUUUUUUUUUUACAUACAAAUAAAAUCCCACUCCACCCACAUGCACACACGUAGAUCAACGGAGUGGAGCUUGUAGUAACCUUAACCAACUCCGACCCUAGUUGUAGUGUAUGACAUAAAUCAGCUGUAAAAAACAGUUUUAUAUGGACGAUGAUGGGGCCAGAUUAUUAUUCUAAUCAGGUCAUAAGGUUUAAACAAAUAAAUAAAUAAAUAAAAACUCCUGGGAAAACACCUGGGCCUAGGAAGGAUGAAAACAUGAAAACCCUUUACACAGAGACAACAACUGCUAAUGUUUUUUUUUUUUUUUUUAGCAGGGCUGAGCUCGCUGUGUGCAGGGUUGCAAGGUAUAGGCCUUUGCAUCUGUAAUUAGAAAGAUACUCAUACAGUAUGUCAUCACUAUUGUGUUGAUUGAUCAAUUAAAGUCAAGAUUUUUGGAUUAAAAAGGCCUAGCCUAGCCACCCGAAGUUUAAUCACAUUCACAUUUUCUCAGAACACAAAUAAAUUGGCCUAUUUUAGGCUAUAAAAACAUGAUGUUAUGUUUCCCCUGGGCCAGAUGGGAUCAGAGCGCAUAGGCUGCUCUAGGCUACCUGGAUCUGUACUUAUCUAUUUCAUAAUUAUUAUUAUUAUUAUUUUUUUAUCAGAUAUGAUGCUUUUUACCACAAUUUCCACAAAAUGCUCAUUACUGCAACUAUCCAAAAGAGUAGUAAACAAAUCAAUUGCUAAUAUUUUUUGAAAAUGCCUGAGUUAAAAAUAACACUGAAAAAUAAAAAUAUACAAAAUUAAAUUAUAAUAAAAUUAAAUCUGACUUUUUCCCAAUUUGAGCUUUUUAGCCAUUUGGGUAAUGAGAAGGCCAAGUGGGGUAAAGGGGGUGUUGGAGAAUAAGAACCUCAUUCUGAGGGCAUAUAAGCAAAAACAUUAACUUCUACUACUCCUCUAGAUGAUGCAUCAUGGGUGAAUAAAACUUUAUUCAAGGAGUUUUUACAGGAACUUGAAAAAGUGUUACAGUAAUAAGACACAUGUCCACAGACACUGUGUUUGUACGUAAUAAAUAUUAUAGUUUAAUGUAAACUUCAACUAGUAUACAAUAUUUAUGAUUUAUGAACAAAUGCAUUACCAUAUUCUGUGUUUUAUUCAAAUCACAAUUUUAUAAAAUGACCCAAUAAUUUAAUCCGGACACAUUUCGGUAAUGAGAAUUUUGAAAAAUUUACCAAAUUCAGGUGAAAAUGUAAAAUGUAUUUAAAAUAAGACACUUGGCCAAAAACUAGACAUCUUAGUCCUCAGAAUGAUAGUUGAUUUUUGCAGAUGCAUCAUGGUUUUGUAACUCAAUUUGCUACAGACAUGUUUAAAACUGGUUUCAUGACAAUCAUCCACCUGCAGCUGUGGUUGUUAUCAGUAGGCUACAGUUGUUCAGAUUGAAGCACAGACUAAUUGUGCACGUUGACAAAUCAUGAGGCAUUUAUUUUUUAUUUUUUGUUGGCAGGGAUGAGCUUCCAAAUAAAAAUAGCUCAUUGCAGUGAAUUCACUUACUGUAUACCCACAUUUUCAGUCACAAUUUGCUUUUAUCACAUGUAAUGAUGUGCAUGAUAUAGAUAAAAAUGAAGCCUUUUGUAUUUUUAUAUUUGUAAUCGUUCGUUUUUGAUAGGCUUACAGUACUUGAUGAAGACAUGCUGUUAUAGCAACUCUGGGCUUUUGUCUUGAAGCUAAAAUGUAAUGAGUGUAGCCUACAGACGAGAAGAUCAACCUUUUAAUUGUCUGCACAUACAGUGCAUUCGGAAGGUAUUCAGACCCCUUGACGUUUUCCACAUUUUGUUACAUUACAGCCUUAUACUACAAUUGAAUGUGAAUGGAAAAGUAGAAUUCUCUUUCGCCACCCCUCUCCUCAGACGCCUUCAUAUCUCGUAGUGGUAAUAGGGCCUUUCUCUCUGUCCUACUUCUGUGUGUGGUGCAUUUCAGGCCGGAAGCUGAGGGGAGCUGGCCCGCUGAAAGGAGGAGUGGAGGGGGGAACACAAGCACCCGGCAGAGAGAGGGAAGGAGAGAGGACUGGGGGGAGAGAGUUAGCCACCAUUUCCCCACAGGCUCAAUGUGAGGGUACUGUAUGCAAUUUUUUCAAGUGAGCCCUGACAAAGAAAGCAGUUACAACUCAAUUCAGAAUUUACCCCAACCCUGGGGUAGAACAUAUUCAGUCUCAACUCAUCUCGCCUUGUCUCAUCUCAUAUCCCUUUCUGCAGGCUCUGCUGCCUCGCAGGCUCACGCUCUUGGCCCCUCCCCCAGCCUGCGCCCCUCCCUCCUCAAUGUCCUGAGUUCCAUCGAGCCAGGAAUGGUCAACGCAGGCCAUGACACCUCCCAGCCAGACUGUUUCGCCUCGCUACUGUCCAGUCUCAACGAGCUGGGAGAGAGACAACUGGUGUCUGUGGUGAACUGGGCUAAAGCCAUGCCAGGUAAACCACUCUUCCUGUAUCCUACUGUUAUCUCACCACUACAUGGUACCAACCCUCUAACUCUGUAUCCUACUGUUAUCUCACCACUACAUGGUACCAACCCUCUAACCUACUGUUAUCUAACCACUACAUGGUACCAACCCUCUAACCUACUGUUAUCUAACCACUACAUGGUACCAACCUCUAACCUACUGUUAUCUAACCACUACUGGUACCAACCCUCUAACCCUGUAUCCUACUGUUAUCUAACCACUACAUGGUACCAACCCUCUAACCCUGUAUCCUACUGUUAUCUAACCACUACAUGGUACCAACCCUCUAACCUACUGUUAUCUAACCACUACAUGGUACCAACCCUCUAACCCUGUAUCCUACUGUUAUCUAACCACUACAUGGUACCAACCCUCUAACUCUGUAUCCUACUGUUAUCUAACCACUACAUGGUACCAACCCUCUAACCCUGUAUCCUACUGUUAUCUAACCACUACAUGGUACCAACCCUCUAACUCUGUAUCCUACUGUUAUCUAACCACUACAUGGUACCAACCCUCUAACCCUGUAUCCUACUGUUAUCUAACCACUACAUGGUACCAACCCUCUAACCCUGUAUCCUACUGUUAUCUAACCACUACAUGGUACCAACCCUCUAACUCUGUACCCUACUGUUAUCUAACCACUACAUGGUACCAACCCUCUAAACCCUGUAUCCUACUGUUAUCUAACCACUACAUGGUACCAACCCUCUAACUCUGUAUCCUACUGUUAUCUAACCACUACAUGGUACCAACCCUCUAACCCUGUAUCCUACUGUUAUCUAACCACUACAUGGUACCAACCCUCUAACUCUGUAUCCUACUGUUAUCUAACCACUACAUGGUACCAACCCUCUAACCCUGUAUCCUACUGUUAUCUAACCACUACAUGGUACCAACCCUCUAACUCUGUAUCCUACUGUUAUCUAACCACUACAUGGUACCAACCCUCUAAUCCAGGUGUGAUAGAGACAGCUGGUCUGUGUAUGACUGAUACCAGUGCUGUAGCCUCAGUUCUACCUUUUUAUUUCCUUCCCACUAGAGGGGGCUAUACUCAUAUCUUGUUUUAUUCCCCCUGUACUGUAGGAUUCAGGGAGCUGCAUGUAGAAGACCAGAUGUCAGUGAUCCAGUCUUCGUGGCUGGGGUUGAUGGUGUUCGCUCUGGGCUGGAGGUCCUACACCAACUCCGAUGCCAGAGAGCUCUACUUCGCUCCUGACCUCAUCUUCAACGAGUGAGUACAACUAUUGUCUUGCUGAAUACAAUAUUGAUGACAAUCUCUCGCUCUCUCUCUUUCUCUAGACAACAAACAAAAGGGAAAUAAACAAUCUGAAAUGAACAGUAAACAUUUCACUCACAAAAGUUUUAAAAAUAAUAUAGACAUUUGAAAUGUUAUAUUUAACCAAUAAGGCCCGAGGGGGUGUGAUACAUGUUUACAUUGGCAAUGCAAAUGAAAUAGACAAUACCAAAAAAGGAAAUGAACAAGGGAAACAUUUGUAAACAUUACUCACUCACUCUCUCUCUCUCUCUCUCUCUCUCUCUCUCUCUCUCUCUCUCUCUCUCUCUCUCCUCUCUCUCUCUCUCUCUCUCACUCUCUCUCUCUAUAUAUAUAUAUAUAUAUAUAUAUCUAUAUAUCUAUAUAUCUUACUCUCACCUUCUCACCCUCUCUCUCUCUCCCUCGCUUUCUCUCCGUCUGUCUGUCUGUCUGUCUGUCUGUCUGUCUACCUCUUUACCUCUCUCUCCCCACCCCCCACCCCAGUCAGAGGAUGCGUGUGUCCAGUAUGUAUGAACACUGUGUCCAGUUCCGUCUGCUAUCCCAGAGGUUCUGUGUGCUCAGAGUCACCCAGGAAGAGUUCCUCUGUAUGAAGGCUCUGCUCCUCUUCAGCAUCAGUGAGUCACAUCACUGACACACUGACACUAAGUGACUGUAUCAUUAUCUGUUUCAAUAUUUGCUUAUUUCUUUGUGUGUGUUGUCUGUUAGUCCCUGUGAAGGGUCUGAGGAAUCAGAAGUGUUUUGACGAGCUGAGGUUCUCUUACAUCAAGGAGCUGGAUCGUCUGGCCAGCCACCAUGGAGAAAAACACCACACACAACGUCUGUUCCAGCUAACACAGCUACUGGACUACCUACACCCGGUAAUAUACACUAACCCUGACCUCUAACCUCUAACCCCUAACCCGUACACAAUGCCUGUUCCAGCUAAAACAGCUACUGGACUACCUACGUCCGGUAAUAUACACUAACCCUGACCUCUAACCUCUAACCCCUAACCCGUACACAAUGCCUGUUCCAGCAGUAAUAUAAUGAUAAUAAUAGAUUUAAUUAGUAUAGCGCUUUUCAUUACAGCAAGAAUCUCAAAGACGCUCUUAAAACAACAAAACAAAACAUUUCAGUUAGCCUAUUGAAAGUUCUAGCUGGAAGGUCUUCCACGGUCAUUCACAGAGGCAGGUGCCAGUCCAACAGGUCACAUCCUGUGUCCGACCCACUCUCCUUGUGCGCUUACCUCACCCGUGCCAUCCACGUCUCUUCCGACCGAGGUCCAGAUGAAGGGUUGAGGUCCAGAUGAAGGGUUGAGGUCCAGAAGAAGGGUUGAGGUCCAGAUGAAGGGUUGAGGCCCAGAUGAAGGGUUGAGGCCCAGAUGAAGGGUUGAGGUCCAGAUGAAGGGUUGAGGUCCAGAUGAAGGUUUGAGGCCCAGAUGAAGGGUUGAGGCCCAGAUGAAGGGUUGAGGUCCAGAUGAAGGGUUGAGGCCCAGAUGAAGGGUUGAGGUCCAGAAGAAGGGUUGAGGCCCAGAUGAAGGGUUGAGGUCCAGAAGAAGGUUUGAGGCCCAGAUGAAGGGUUGAGGUCCAGAAGAAGGGUUGAGGUCCAGAUGAAGGGUUGAGGCCCAGAUGAGUCCUUGCGCUAGCCUACGACUCAACGUCUUUAAGGGACGCGCUCACCGGCCAAGCACAUGCACAUUCAAUGAUGUAAGGUCCGAUCACUUCUGACGCCAAUGUAAUGAAACAGGCAGGGAGGGCUGCUCGAACCCUCAACCUUCUGGCCCGAAGCCCAGAGUGUAAAAGCAUGCUCUUGUGGAUGUCGAUAUCCGCACUUAUAAACCCAGGGUUGCUACAAUAUAUACAAUCAAAACUUACUUAGCUAACAAACUAAAAAGUUGAUUAAAAAAGAUUGUCAAGAACACUUAAAAAUUCAAAUAUGUACAGUAUUUACAGAGCUCUCUGCCUAGGCGACCUCACUGCGCCAUGGCAACCACAGAACUGACAUAUCCCUGACCUCUAACCCUUAACCCGUACACAACACCUGUUCCAGUUAACCCAGCUACUGUACUACCGUCACCUGGUAAUAUAGACCUACAACCCAGGGCCAGCCUAGCUUUUUGGGGGCCCUAGGCGUGAUUUGGUUUGGGGGCCGCCCACUUCGUGGGUAAAACAUUUGAGUGGCCCCCCUCUUGAGGGUGGAGAGAAAAAGAUGUAUGUUUAAAAGUUAACUUCCUGCAAUUCUACGUAUUUUGCCAGGUGGCGUAAUUUUCUGGGGGGGUUUUAAAGAACAUUUUCUGCAAUUCUACACAUUUUGCCAUGGGGUGGAGAGAAAAUUGUGUAGUUUUUAAAACAAAUUUCAUGCAAUUCUACAAAUUUUGCCAUUGGGCCAAGAGAAGAAAUAACAGUUUUAAAGCGAAUUUCCUGCAAUUGGACGCAUUUUGCCCUGACUUAUGCCAUGCACAUAUGAUGUCUGAGUGAGAGUGACUAACAAAAUAAAAUGGGGCCCCCUGGAGGUCAGGACCCCUGGGCACAUGCCCUGCGUGCCUGGUCAGUAGUCGGCCAUGAUUACUACAAGGUGUAGAUAGCUGGCUAGGCUAACUUAACAAUUAUUUAUUUUUUAGCUGACACGGGCUAAUUGAGUGACUGUCAGUGACUGGCAUAACAAGAGAAACUACCAAAUGUUGAAAUUGCAUCUUGUGUAUUCUACUAUUCUAACACUAUCCCCAACUGAGUUCCUAAAAUAUUUUUUGGGGUUGGGGGCCCCCGUAGUGGCCGGGGGCCCUGUUGUCCUGCUACUACCCCUAACCCCUGACCUGUUCAACCCCCCCCUGCUUUGGUGGUACUGACAGUUGACACUCUCUCUCUCUCUCUCUCAGAUUGUGAGGAAGCUGCACCAGUUCACCUAUGAUCUGUUUAUCCAGGCCCAGUCUCUGCCCACCAGAGUCAGCUAUCCAGAGAUGAUCUCUGAGAUCGUCAGCGUUCACGUGCCCAAGAUGCUCACAGGCAUAGUUCAGCCAAUCCUCUUUCACAAUACACCUUGCUAGAGGGUCAUCAUAUCACAAUGCACCUUGAUAGAGGGUCAUCCUAUCACAAUGC